CUUACAAGUGGGAUGUGGUUUCCGAGAUGACGAACGAUGUCAAUCUCAUGUACCAGAAGUACGUUGCCGAGUUGGACACGAUUACGCCUGAGCAGGUGGAAUGGCAGCCAUAUGGCGCCGAUGACAGACUUGGGUACACCCCGGAGUUUACCAUCAACCCGAUGUGCUUGCGGGAUAGGGAUCUCUGGCGUAUGCGGUGCCCACUGAUAUGCAACUGGGCUGUUGAGUUUCAUUUGCCACAUCGCGUGUCUCGUCAGUUUGGUCUGUUCCAGCCUCACCCGCCGGAAUGGGUGGAUACGGACAAAGCACUUCAUAGGUUGGACAGGAGAAGGCAGCGGAAGAUAAAGGACUGGGACAAGCAUCAUGCUUCGUAUGUUACCCGCUUCCAGCUUUGUGUGGAGGAAGCUCGUAGCAGUGCACGCGCCAAGCUUCGUGAGCAUUGUCCACUUGCUUUUGAUAACUACAUACGAUGGCUUCUUGAAAAUACUCGAGUUGAGAUAUGCCCGCCGGCAUAUAAUGAGGAUAUUCUUGAAGAACCCGUAAACUUUGAGGAUCUAUCAAAGGGGAAGUACAACAGAGAUGUCAGGGUAGGGCACGGAGUCCCUGCUGUUCCGGUGAUUAACUAUGUGCGCACCGAGAUCAAGAAAGCAGCUGAUGAGAGCCAGUCUAUUCUGGAGGAAACACCGGUUGGAAAAGGCAAUGAUGAUGGUCCACUACGAGCAUUCCUCAAGUUGAAUUGUUCAAUAUUUGUAUUUGCCAAAAUGGAAUCUGUUUCUGCAGUUUGGCAGUUAACAGCACUGCAGCGCCUGACAGUCAGGCGCUGCACUGUACAAUGCAGCGCCCAAAGCCUAGGCGCUGCACCUCACACUGCAGCGCCCAAAGCCUAG